AUGGCCAAUAGCUCUUUUCUGCUCUCGAGGUCAUUCGGAUCCUUGGAAGAGUAUGCCAAAGCCAGAGAGUCCCUUGUGAAAGCUGAGAAGGCACGCGGCUAUGAAGGCCUAGUCCAGAGAACGAGUUUGGAAUCGGCAGCCGAGGAUAUUAUCCAACAACUCAAAGCUUGGGAAGAUGAAAAUAUUUAUGGUAUCAAGAGCGACGGCUCUGGUUUCGAGGCAGGCCAUCGGUUUCUCCAUGGCUUGGAUGUAGCACCAACGAGCAAGCUGUUUGAGGCUGCCGUCAAGGCCCCCAAAGGCUGUCUUUUACACUGCCAUUAUGACUGUCUUCUGCCUCCGGAUACCGCCCUCAGCGAUGCUCGCAACCAGCCGAACCUUUAUAUCAAGGCUGACGUGCCAUUGGUCUCCGAAGGACUCUUUGCAUACGCAUUACCACAGUUUGACGUGUUUAGCGAAAAUAUACCACUGGUUGACUCUACCAACAUUUUUAGCAAAAGUUAUGUCGCCGGAUCUUGGAUGCGUUAUUCUGAGUUUCUGGCUAGAUUUCCAGGCGGGGCUGAGAAAGCAGAAGCAUGGCUUCAUAAGCGAAUGGUGUUGAAGCCAGAAGAUGCGUAUCACCCAAAGCAGACAGUUGAUGGCAUUUGGCAACAAUUCAUUCGCUCAGUAACAGUCAUUCGAUCGAUGCUCGGAUAUGAAACUGCGUACAGAGAACAAUUUCGAAGAGUGUUAUGGAAGUUUGCGCAAGACGGCAUCAUGUAUGCAGAGAUUCGAGUAGCUCUCAAUUAUGGCUUCGCCAUCAAAUCUGACGAUGGUACUCGAGAACUCAAGCAAAAGGAAGCUUUGGAGAUUUUCCAGAGCGUCCUCAAAGAAGAAAUCCCAAAGAUUCACGCUGCGGGGCAUGUUUUUUAUGGCGUCAAGGUUAUCUAUGCGUGCAUGAGAUCUUCUUCUAGAGAGGCCAUGCUAUGGUGCAUGGACAACUGCAUCGAAAUGAAGCAGCUGUUCCCUGACUUGAUUUGUGCAUUUGAUAUGCAAGGUCAGGAAGAUACUGGCCACCCGCUCUCGUACUGGGUCGCCGACCUUCUCGACAUGCGCGCUAAGAUCACUCAGCUAAAUCUUGAUUUGCCAUUCAUCUUUCAUGCUGGAGAAACACUUGAUCACGGCGGAGAAACUGAUUCAAACUUGUACGAUGCCAUCCUUCUAGACACUAAGCGCAUCGGUCACGGUUUCAGCAUUACCAAGCAUCCGCUUCUGAUGCAGCUUUGCAAAGAGAGGCAAAUAGCCAUUGAGACUUGCCCUAUAUCUAACGAAGUGCUGGGAUUGGUCCCCACAACGAAAUCUCACCAUUUACCAGUGCUCUUGGCAAAUUGUGUACCCUGCACUGUCAACAGUGAUGAUCCUGGAUCUUGGGAAGCGAGCAUGCUAUCUCAUGACUUUCACCAAGCAAUGAUGAGCAGCGAAAACAUGACGCUCAUGGGCUGGCGAACUAUUGCCGAAUGGAGUAUCUCAUACAGCUGUACAAGUGAAGCGAUGAAGACGGAGAUGCUAAAUGCCUACAGAAACAAAUGGACAGAAUUCUGUCAAUGGAUUAUUGAUACAAACGAAAAGAACUAG